AAAUAUGGACACACAAAGCAGCAAAGAGGAAGAAGCAAGGGCGAUGGCGAUGGCGAGGGCGAUCGGCGAGGGAGAGUGCCGUAGAUUUUUCUAGGGAUUCACUCGGUUGAUCGAUCGAGCGUGUUGGCGCGGCGUGCCCUGCGAUUGCUUCUCCGGCGGCAAUCUCGUGUUUUGGGGGAUUCGGCGAGGCAUCCUGGGAUUUCUACGGCACUCUAGCCGACACUAGGGAGCAAGAAAGCGCGUCAGCGCCAGGAAUGCGAGCUCUUCUUCUAGGUCUGUGUGACGAUCUGUGCUGAGCGCCGGGGUAUCGGACGGGAGAACACGAAAUAUUUCGGGAAGAGAUUGGGGAAAGAAUGGAGGAUCAUGUCGUUCUGGAUGUAGAUCGGCUUUCCAGCUCCCCGGGAGCUUCCGCCGCGUCGCCAGAUUCAUGCGCUGCUCAAGAACACACGCCGCUGCUCUCAUCCGCCAGGGCGCUCCAGCAAUCGCCCCAGAGCGAGCACGUCGUCAUCUUCUCGCCGGCCAGCGAGGAGGAAUACGUCGAGGGCGGCGGGGGUUUCGUGGUCAAGAAGGGCAAAACCAUUGACGACGACCUCGCAUCGUUUGGAGGAGCCACUGGGGUGACUGUGGAAUGUAGAAUCUGCCAGGAGGAGGACGAUGUGGGAAAUCUGGAAGCUCCAUGCGCGUGUUCUGGCAGUGUCAAGUACGCGCACAGAAAGUGUGUCCAGCGCUGGUGUAACGAGAAAGGCGAUACAACAUGUGAGAUUUGUCAAAAGCCAUACCAGCCUGGGUAUACAGCUCCUCCUCGUCCUGUGGAACCGGAGGGAACCCCGAUUGAUUUGAGUGGCAACUGGGGUAUCACUGGUCCUCAUCAGCUCGAUCUACGGGACCCCAGGAUCCUGGCAAUGGCCGCCGAAAGGCACUUCCUUGAUUCGGACUACGACGAGUACGCCUCCGCCAAUGCAAGCAGCGCUGCCUGUUGCCGAUCGGCCGCCCUCAUCUUGAUGGCCCUUUUACUGCUUCGCCACGCUCUGGCGAUGGCAUCCUCUGGCGCUGACGAUGACACAUCGGCGCUGUUCACUCUAUUCCUAUUGCGAGCAGCGGGAUUCCUUUUACCCUGUUACAUCAUGCUCCGGGCGCUGAGCAUCCUACAACGACGUCGCCAGCAGCAAGAAGCCACAAUGGCCGAAGUCGCGAUUCUUAUACAAGCCGGGCAAGCAGCCAGGAAUGGCCAGUUCCCUCCCGCUGUUCCACCACCACCGCCACCACCACAAUCAUCAGCAUCCACUAUCCCGGUUCCAGCAGCAACUUGAUCAUCGAAAAGUCGAGAAGAGCUCACGAGAACACGCCGCGCGCUCUCCAGCUGCUUCUUGCGAGUCCCAUUCGACCCCGUUGCCAGCGAGAGAGCUCUACACGAUCACCAUCACUACCAUUAAGUUCCAAGCUCUAUUUGUAAAUAAGAAAAGGCCGCAAUACCUUGGGAGGAGAUCCACAGCAAGGAGGGAGGAGGAGACGUAUCGUCUCUCCUAUCCCUUUGGGUCUCUUUUCUAAAGUUGAGCUUCUUCUCUCUCCUGUCCCAUGGGGAGGAAAGCUGUCUGAGCCGUGCAUUGGGCUUUAUCAAAAGAAAGAUUAUUUUUUUCU